AAUAUUAUGGCUUGUCAUUUCUCAUCGUCAAAUGCUUUGAUCACCUUCCUCGUAUUAUUUGCCACCAUCGUCCACGACCAACACACAACGGAAGCACUUCCACUGUCGACGAACUCACGAUGGAUUGUGGACGAUGCAAAAGGUGGAUCAGAAAGAGUGAAGCUAUCGUGCGUAAACUGGGUGAGCCAUUUAGAAGUUGUGGUUGCAGAGGGCCUACACAAACAGCCACUGGAUGUGAUCUCCACCAAAAUUUUGGAAAUGGGCUUCAAUUGUGUGAGGCUCACUUACCCGCUGUUUCUGUUCACAAACAGCAGUUUAGGAUCGGUUACAGUUAGACAAUCGCUUAAAAAGCUCGGGUUGGUAGAGUCCAUUGCUGGAUUUCAAGCCAACAAUCCUUCCAUUAUUGAUCUUCCACUCCUUAAGGCUUUCCAGGAAGUGGUUGCAAGUCUUGAGAGAAACAAUGUUAUGGUAAUAUUAGAUAAUCAGAUAAGCAAGCCUGGAUGGUGUUGUAGCGAUUUCGAUGGAAAUGGCUUCUUUGGUGACCAAUACUUUGAUCCUAAUGUGUGGCUCCAAGGUCUCACCAAAGUUGCCACCAUGUUCAACAACUCAACACACGUCGUUGGUAUGAGCUUAAGGAAUGAACUCCGUGGUCCUAGACAAAAUGUUAGCGUUUGGUAUAGGUACAUGCAAAUGGGCGCGGAAGCAAUCCAUGCAGCAAAUCCUAAUGUGCUAGUUAUAUUGUCUGGUUUAAGCUAUGACAAAGAUUUAUCUUUUCUUCAAACGCGACCAAUAAGCCUAUCAUUUUGCAAUAAGUUGGUUUUUGAAAUUCAUUGGUACGGUUUUUCAGAUGGUGAAGAUUGGAAAACUGGCAACCCUAACCAAGUUUGUGGUCGGGUGGUCGAUACCAUAACGAAAAGGUCAGGGUUUUUGUUGGACAAAGGUUAUCCUUUGUUUAUAAGUGAAUGGGGUGUGGAUCAAAGGGGCACAAAUGAGAAUGACAAUAGAUACUUGAAUUGUUUUUUGGCUUGGGCAGCUAAUUAUGACCUUGAUUGGGCUUUAUGGACACUUGGUGGAAGUUACUAUUUUAGGGAAGGUGUGAUUGGAAUGGAGGAGUUUUAUGGGGCUUUGAAUUGGGGUUGGUGUGAACCAAGAAAUUCAAGUUUAUUGGACAAGAUAUCAGCUAUCCAAUCUCCUUUUCAAGGACCGGGCUUAUCAAAAACCCGUCCACACAAAAUCAUUUUCCAUCCAGCCACCGGGCUAUGUGUGCAACGUCUAUCACUGUUCAAGCCAUUAACAUUGGGUCCAUGUUCUGAGGCAGAGAGUUGGGAUUACACUCCAAAAAAGACACUAACAAUAAAGGGUACAUACUAUUGCCUACAAGCAGAUAAAGUAGGAAAACCAGCAAAGUUGAACAUAAUAUGCACAGACAAUUCUUCAAUAUGGGAGCCCAUAUCAGCCUCUAAACUCCACCUUUCAUCCAAGAUUAACAACGGGACAGUUGUUUGUCUGGACAUAGAUUCACAAAACACAAUUGUCACAAACACUUGUAAAUGUUUAGCCAGUGACAACAUGUGUGACCCUGCUAGCCAGUGGUUUAUAGUAAUUAACAGCACAACAGGGUCGGGUGCAGCGCAACCAUACAGUCGAAUUGGUUCCAUUUUUCAGGCCAUUGAAGGAAACUUAUUAGGGUAAAUAAUAACUUGAAUACUGUAAACUUUGAAUUCUAUUAACUUACAAUAAAAAAUAAUUUACUGUAAACAUUGUAAAUUUGAAUACCAUUAACUUGCAAUAAUACUAUUUAUUUACACAUUUUGCUUAA